UCCGGAUGACUAAAGGGUUUUCUUCCCACAUCGCUUUCUUACAUGCCAAUAAUGAUUGGGCAAAUGAUUCAACAGCUGACAAACGAACGGGGGCCACGGCUUCGAAUCCCGUUUGUAUCUGAAGUUACAGAACUGCUAUUUCCAUUUGUUACCAAUGUUUGCUCAUACUUCUCUGUAAACAGAAUUGUUUUUGUGGUAUUUUUUCCGUGUAAAAUGUCUUCAAAACUGACAUCCUCCACGAGCAUCCUACAAUACUGAAAAUAAAAAUUAGGCAUCAGCGAUUGUGUUCUAACAACAUAGAGUGAUAGGGGAUGACGCCUACUGCAGAUAUUUGUACAUCUUAACUCCGUGUGCAUCAAAUCACCUGAAGUUUAGUUGGAAACUACACGCAAUCUAUAUUUUACACAGCAUACAAGUUGACGCGCUUUUUGUACUGCUCUGAUGACAAGACACUCGUUCGUUCCUGUAUUGAUGGUGUGAACGUUUGCGGCUAUUGCUUUUCAGUAAAUAAAAAAAUAAUUUGCGGCACGUAGUUCUCUGACGAUUUGAAGAUAGGAGACUUAUUUUCCGUUGCACUGUGUAGUACAGUGAUCUGAUAAUCAGCGGAUAUGGAUAUUGUUUGGCGGCUUAGCUCAAAUGAAUUCGAAUAGUAGUUCCCUUUUGUGUCUGAAACUUCGCCCCUAUACAAAACCGCCGGAAUAAAUGUGUCAUAGUUUUAGGAAAUAACCGCAAUAUGAGGAACCACCGUGAAAUUAGGCCAGUGGAAGCGAGUUUCCAUGGCGUAACAUUAAUUGUAAUGGGUUCCCUUUCUUUUAGCAUUGUAGAUUCUGUCUGAUGAAGUGAAAUUUCGUAUUUACACAAGGAAAUUAGCUAUGAUAGUGUGAAAAGGGUUGAAGUCUCCUAUAGGUCGUCAAGGGUAGCCGAAGUAAAUUAUUAUUCGUCUUAUACAUUAUCUGGCGCAUUACUGUUUACUCAGAGCAUUACAUGCUAACAACACGUAGCCCGUAGCUCCGAAACCCUAAGGAACCCUUACAUGCAACGAGACAUUAGGAUACGCAAUGAAGCUGUUAAAGCCUACUUGGGUUAGCCACGAUGAACUUCCUAUUUUCUCUGUUGACAUCCAUCCUGACGGAUCCAGGUUUGCAACAGGAGGACAAGGUGGAGAUUCUGGAAGAAUUGUUAUUUGGAAUAUGGCUCCAGUUGUUAGUCCAGAAAUUGAAAACGAUGAAAAUAUACCGAAAAUGUUGUGCCAAAUGGAUAAUCACCUAGCGUGUGUGAAUUGUGUCCGGUGGAGUUUCUCGGGAAAAUUUUUGGCAUCUGGUGGUGAUGACAAGCUUAUAAUGAUAUGGAAAAUUAGUAAAUACACAGGUGCAACAAAUGUUUUUGGAAGUGUUGGGAAAGUAAAUGUCGAGAGUUGGCGUUGCUGCAUGACUUUGCGUGGACAUAAUGGUGAUGUCCUGGAUAUGGCAUGGUCUCCACAUGAUGCGUGGCUUGCGUCUUGUUCUGUUGACAACACAGUGAUUGUGUGGAAUGCUCUUAAGAUGCCAGAAAUGGUAGCAGUACUGAAAGGUCAUUCUGGACUAGUGAAGGGUGUUGCAUGGGAUCCUGUAGGCAAAUAUAUGGCUUCACAAUCUGAUGACAAGACAUUGAGGGUUUGGAGAACAGCAGACUGGAAAGAGGAUUCAGUCAUCACUGAACCAUUUGAAGAGUGUGGAGGUACAACACACGUCUUGAGGCUCAGCUGGUCACCAGAUGGUCAAUACUUAGUAUCAGCACAUGCCAUGAACGGUGGAGGUCCCACUGCUCAAAUUGUUGAACGUGAGGGAUGGCGGAAAGAUAAGGAUUUUGUUGGACACCGAAAGGCUGUCACAUGCGUUCGUUUCAAUUCCAACAUUCUGCAGAAACAAUAUCGUUCUUCAUCGAAGCCUCAGCAGUACUGCUGUUGUGCAAUUGGUUCUCGAGAUCGAUCGUUAUCUGUAUGGCUUACAGCACUCAAACGACCUCUUGUUGUGUUGCACGAGUUGUUUACUAAUUCUGUGCUUGAUCUGUCAUGGAGCUGUACAGGUCUGCAGUUGAUGGCUUGUUCAUGGGAUGGGACUGUUGCUUUUGUAGAGUUCUCAGAAGAUGAACUUGGGAAGCCACUUACAAUGGAAGAGAAGACAAUGCUUCAUGAGCGCAUGUAUGGCAAGUCACUAUCAGCUGCCGGUGGUGCAGGUGCAUGUGUGGUGGAGACACCAGAGUUGCUUGCUGUCCGGGAGAAGGCAGAAAAAGCUGCAGCAGAGAAAGCGGCAGCAGACGCUGGGCAGACUAAUGGAUCACUGGAACGGCCAACUGCUUCUGUAUCCCAGCCUUCAACACCUCUUAAGGGCCCCAUCAAUAAACAGAUAGAGACUCGUACUUCAGAUGGAAAGAGAAGAAUAACACCUAUGUACAUACCUCCUGCACCAGAUGCUGGGGAUGGACCUCGCCCUUUUGGGUUGGCAAUUACUGGUAGUGCACACCAGCCAACAUUUAGCAGUUCCUCUGAGACCAAAAGUCGUAUUAUGAUUGAAAAACGGGAUGAUGUGGUACGGCCAAAUGUUAGUAGCAGUGGAGGAACUCCUGGUUCCAGCAAAUCUUGUGAUGGCACACCAAGUCCUGCUGGAAGUACACCUGUCAAAGGUGUUCAGGCAGAUAAUAGCCUAGCUGGAACCCAAGUAGUUAUCGGAGUAACUGACAACAAGCAUCGCUCAACAAGCAAUGCAGAAACGAAACUGGAGCUGCAGAAAGUAGAACGCAGUGCACCAGUUGCAGCAAAGAGACGGCUGGAUAGGGAGCCAUUGGGAGGGAAGGGGAAGCGGAUGCGUCUGUUACCACCAGCUGAUAGCAAACCAGCGCCACAACCAGUGCCACCUCCUGCCCCUGCAGCCUCUGAGCAUCCAGCUCUUUCUCUUCCUGUUCUUCGGCUAUCAAAGUCGGCAUCUGUACCACUGUUGGGAGGGCGUAAACGAUUAGAAGUAUCGAAUGGUGCUCUCAACACUCCACAUGGUCCACUGACACGGGUCUGUGUGUGCAGUGUAGCAGACACUGAACAGCCACCAGACUGGGAGGCUGUGUUGGGUUCUCCGGCAGCUGGAGUAGCUGCCAAUAACCAGGUUAUUGCUAUUGCGUGCCAAGAUGCUAUGCUCCAUCUGCUUGAUUUGAAAACAGGAAGACGACCUUUCCCGCCUCUCGUGCUGUCAGCGGCUCCAUCCCGUUUGGUGCUUUCAGGGCUUCAGCAUGUUAUGGUUAUCACAAGCAAUGGCUGCAUUAGUGUAUGGGACUUUGAGAAAAGCCGUUGCCUCAUCAAGAAUGAAUCGCUGAUGCCUAUUAUGCGUUCUGAACCAGGCUCUGUUGUCACAAUUUUGAGUUGUACAGUAACAGAGAAAGGCUGCCCUAUAAUAUCACUAUCAACAGGAAAAGCAUUCAUGUUCUCCAGUGAUCUAAGUUGCUGGUUAUUAAUGGGUGACAGCUUAGAUGCAGUCCAGCGCUCUUGUGCUCAGCGUACAUUCACUCAGCUGCUGCCACAAGAAAACAAAUUGCUUCCACUUGCUUCUUUGCAGUCUCACAUUAAAGGGAUUUCGUCUACAGCAAGUCGCCUUCUUAAUGGAGCAAAUGUUGGGCCUCUAUGCACAAUAACCUUUCUGGAACAACAACUAUCAGCAUGUGUUGCACUCAACUCACCGAAGGAGUACCACAGUUGGUUGAUGUGUCUUGCCAGGUUUCUCAUUCAAGAAGGUCUGGAGUCCAAAUUACGGCUAAUCUGUAAUGAUCUGCUGGGUCCCACACACAGCCAUUCAAAUCAAAGCAAAUCUUGGGAAAACACAAUUAUGGGGUUUUCAAAGCACGUUUUGCUAAGAGAGAUACUUUCUCUGAUGGGCGCGAAUCUCAGAUUGCAGAGACUUCUUGUUGAAUAUAGUGACCAGCUCACACAAUUAGAACAAUCUGCUCAGUUAUUUAAUGGAAUGGAAAAGCAGUGAGAAGGUUACCAUAAAGUGUUUUCAUUACACAGAAUGUCGUGAAAAGUUGUGUAAUACAGGUGCAAUUUUGUGAAGUGACUUGCCUAAUGACAAAAUGUUUAUCUUAUUUUUUAAAUAGUACUUUUAAGUAAAAUUAUACUUAGUAUUACUGCUGUUCUGUGGAGUAUCAUGCUAAACAACAUUGUGGUGUCAGUGAUGAAUAUUUUUCUGUCUUACUGUCACCACAAAGUUAGAGAUAUUCAAACAUAAUUCAUAUGGAGUCAUGAGCAAUGUGUUCAGUAAGCAAACUUCACUGCCAUGUAGAACACUAGUGUCCCACCUCAGGCAACAAAUUAUUAUUUGUUAUUUUGUGUGUGUUUGUACCUGUUCUUAUUUGUUCUGCUGUUAAGUGAUAAGAAAAUCAGUAUAUUUUAAUGAGCAACAUCUUACGUUAUCAGUAUUCAUCACAUAACAUUCUCAGAAAAAGAUAUGCUACUUUGAAAGACUGCUACCCUCACAACAUUCAACUGUAAAUAAAAACAUUGUUUCAUAAUAAAACAAGAAAAUGCAUACAAGAUUUUUCAAAGAGCUUCAUAUAAAAAUUGUAAUGCUUGUCAUUGCUCUGUGUUGUUUAUUCAUUUAAAGGUAGUGUGUUAUUUUUGUAUUUAAAGGCAGUAUUGUUAGUCAUGUAAAACAUGGAUAGUCAUCACAUAUUUAUUUAGGUUAUUUGUGUCUUUUGUAAAGUUUUCAUAUGUUAUUUAAUUGUUUGAUGAAGUUCAGUUAACUUAGUUUCUGUGAAAUUAAUCUGCAAAAUAAUUCUGAAAUAGUUGAUUAUUGUGUGUAUGAUUAAUCAUUACAAAAAGACUGACAUAAAUGGGAGUACUAGUGUCUUGAUUUUAAACUUAAUUUAAGAAAAUGUGUUUGGUACAAGUCCUAGUUCUAGCUGAUACAUUCCUCUGCCUCAUGUAGCGAAUGAAAAUAAUUUAUAUUCAUCAAUUCAUGAAUGCUGAAAAGUUAUUCAACUACAACUGUGUUCAUUCAAUUACUUUUAAUAACAAAUGUGAAUAAUAACUGGUUCAUUUCUUCUGAGGACCAAGCCAUGUCAGUUAAAUUUGUCAUUCUACUUUUUAUUAUUUUAUGCAUAACUUCAUUCUGUAGAAUUUUUUUCUUUAGUGUAUGCACACAAUAGACUCCUAUUGAGAAAUUGUUCAAAAUUCAGCUGUUGUUAGUCAGUAUAAAACUCUUUAGAAACCCUGUAAAAUAGUCUUUUUGUGUUGAUUUUAUACACAGCUCUUCAUCAUUAUAGAGCAGAUGCUCAUUAUCUUUUACAAAGAGACAAUAAUAAUAACUGAUUUCUCACCAAAUAAAUUUAAUUGGUAAUUGUUUUCUGUAAGUAGUGUUUUUCUGCAUUCGCAUUCUUAUGCAUGUGUGAAUGUGCAAGUGAGAUUUGUUUGAAUGUGCAAGUGAGAUUUGUUUGAAUGUGCAAGUGAGAUUUGUUUGAAUGUGCAAGUGAUAUUUGAAUCUGAAUGGAUGGAUAAUUUGAUCUGAGUUUAUUGUAUAAAACUGUAUGUUACAGGAGUGUGUACCUUGAAGGAAUAAUUGAUUUUAUUUAAAACAUUCGUUCAACAAUUUUUAAGAUUUUAUUUAAAUGUACACAACAUUAAAUAGCUUUAUUGCAGUUUGAAAUGCAAAACGUGUAGCAGCGGCUGUGAUUGUGUUUCAUUCUGGAUUAUUAUUUAAAAGGAAAGUAAAUUACUGUAUUUUUUCACUCGUUGGUGUAAAUUAUGAUUCACAUUUUAAUACUGAUAAAAUUUGAGUAAUAGCUUCAUACCUAAGUGAUUUGGUGAAUAAGUAUUUCAUUCAAUUUGAAGUUCUGUGUUUGUUCAUAAGUGGAGCACUUCCUGCAAUCAUCUUCUAGUGAUA